GGUCUCCAAGCCGGAAGUGGGGACCGGGGAGACAGGAGCGAACAGGGUUCUCUGAAGGAAAACAGCAUGGAAGCAAAAAGGUUAAGCAUCUCCCUGGUCCUGGUUCUGUUCCUGAUCCUGGCCUUGCAAAUCUUAUCCGCUGUCGACUUUGACCCGUAUCGAAUCCUGGGAGUCAGCAGGAUGGCCAGCCAGGCGGACAUUAAGAAAGCAUAUAAGAAGCUUGCCCGAGAGUGGCAUCCAGAUAAAAACAAGGACCCUGGAGCAGAAGAUAAGUUCAUACAAAUCAGCAAGGCCUACGAGAUCCUUUCCAAUGAGGAGAAGAGAUUAAAUUUCGACCACUACGGGGAUGUGGGGGAGAACCAGGGGUAUCCCCAACAGCAGCAGCAGCACCAGCAGCGUCAGUUCCACCACUUUCACAAAAGUUUUUAUUUCGACGAGUCCUUCUUUCACUUCCCCUUCAAUUCAGACCGCCGGGACUCCUCCGAUGAGAAGUACCUGCUGCACUUCUCACACUACGUCAACGAGAUCGUGCCCGAUAGCUUCAAGAAGCCCUACCUCAUUAAAAUCACAUCGGACUGGUGCUUCAGCUGCAUCCACAUUGAGCCCGUGUGGAAGGAGGUGGUGCAGGAGCUGGAAGCGCUGGGAGUGGGCAUUGGCGUCGUCCAUGCUGGCUACGAGAGGCGCCUGGCGCAUCACCUCGGGGCCCACAGCACCCCUUCGAUCCUGGGACUUAUCAACGGGAGGAUAACCUUUUUCCACAACGCGGUCGUGCGGGAGAAUCUGCGCCAGUUUGUGGAGAGUCUUCUUCCCGGGAACCUCGUGGAGAAGAUUACAGAUAAAAACUACGUCAAAUUCCUGUCGAACUGGAAGAGAGAGAACAAGCCACACGUGCUUUUGUUUGAUCACAUGCCGCUCGUGCCGUUGUUAUACAAGCUGACUGCUUUUGCAUACCGAGACUAUUUAUCCUUUGGCUACGUAUACGUUGGUCUCGGAGGGAUCGAAGAGCUGUCCAGCCAGUACAACAUCAACGUCUACGUGCCUACCAUGAUGGUCUUCAAGGAACACGUUGACAAACCCGCCGACGUCAUCCAGUCCCGGGGUAUGAAGAAACAGCUCAUUGACGACUUCCUGUCCCAGAACAAAUUCCUGAUGGCCUCCCGGCUCACCAGCCAGAAGCUCUUCCAGGAGCUGUGCCCAGCGAAAAAGUCUCACAGGCAGCGCAAGUACUGUGUGGUCUUGAUUACCGGUGAGGGCGACAAGUUUGCUGCGGUCUACGAAGCGUUUCUGGCCUUCGCCAUGGCCAACACCAAAGACACCUUGAGAUUUGUCCACGUCUAUGGAAGCAGCCAGAGGGAGUUUGCCCGGGCUUUACUGCUGGACGACGACAGGUUCUGGGGGAAGUCUGCCGUGGUCAUCUUGGAGAGGCGCAACAAUGCAGGACGGGUGGUCUUUAGAGCUCUGGAAGAUCCCUGGAGCGGCAGCAAAGAAGACAACUUCAUCCUCCUGGAUAUCUUGGAUCAGUUAAGGACAGACCCCGGAUCUCUCUCCUCCGAUACGAUCCUGACGGACUUGAACGAUGAGCUCGCUCCCGUUUUCUUUCUCCGCUGGAUCUAUUCUGCUGUUGACUAUCUGUCGGAAAGCUGGGACAGCCUCUUCCACAGCAAUUGGCGGGAAAUGAUGCCCCUCUUAUCGCUCAUCUUCUCGGCCCUCUUCAUUCUUUUUGGGACGGUUAUUAUUCAAGCUUUCAGUGACUCGGGCGACGAGAGAGAUUCGCCUCCUCCCAAGAAAGACGAACCCCCCUCGAAGAGCGACAGGAACGACACAGGCUUCACCAAAGACAACAGGAUUCCCAAGAAAGGCUUUGUUGAAGUGACGGAACUCACCGAUAUCACCUACAUGAGCAACUUGGUGCGCCUGAGGCCCGGGCACAUGAACGUGGUGCUGAUCCUUUCAAACUCCACAAAAACACCCCUGCUUCAGAAGUUCGCUCUGGAGGUCUACACCUUCACCGGGAGCAGCUGCCUCCACUUCUCCUUCCUCAGCCUGGACAAGCACCGGGAAUGGCUGGAGUACGUGCUGGAGUUCGCGCAGGACGCCGCCCCCAUCCCGAACCAGUACGACAAACACUUCCUGGAGCGUGACUACACGGGCUACGUCCUGGCCCUGAACGGCCACAAAAAGUACUUCUGCCUCUUCAAGCCUCGCAAGCUGGAGGGGGGCGUGGACCCCCUGGGGCACUGUAAUGAUCCCAACCUGGCGGAAAGCCAAGGGAAGUCCUCCUCGUGCAGUCCCCGGGCCCGGUUGGUCAAAAGCAAACUCGACCAGCUAUCCUUAUGGAUGGAGAGACUCCUGGAAGGUUCCUUACAGCGGUUUUAUAUCCCGUCGUGGCCUGCGCUAGACUGAAAAAUUAAAGGGUUUUUUGGGGGGGGGCAAUAAAAAAAGGAUCUUAUCACUGCUGCAGACUCUGAAAGAGGACAACCAUAAACAUCUCGUUUCCGGGAAUGACGUCGCGCCGACUAGACGGUAGCUUUUUAGAGAAGGUUCUCCUAGGCCCAGUUGAAUUUAGAAGCAUCUUCCCCAUGUCUUUCAACCCAGGAGCGAUGGAAAGAAUAAAAAAACAAAAGCACUGGCUUCCGCUCUGGUACCAAAACGGUGCUAACGUCCGGCAGCUAGACAGCCGAAGACAGACAGAUCGGGGCCAGCGACGGACUCCCUCGCCUGCUCUCCCAGCCCGCUUCGGUUCUGCCUUGGGGUUUUUCUCCGGCGUAGGUGGAAACGUCUGGCUUCGCUGCUACCGGAGCUUGUUUUUGUGUACUGUUCUUGUUUUUUUAAUCCUUUGGUUUUGUGUUUUUACUCAAGUGGAGCCUCGUUCGAAAGCAGUCUGGGCCGCACUGCCCACUCCUCUCCCUACGCUUAGGCUGCGGUGCCUGUUUUGCAGAGAGCUCUCUCUGCCUCUCGCGUCAGGAGUUCUUACCCUUGUGGUUCCCCCCCCCCCUUCCCCCUGGUGGUAAGUGAUUUGGAAUGUGUUUGGGAGUAUCUCCCUUUGUACUAAAAGACUGGUGGGGUUAGGGAAAAAGGGGGGGGGUGGCUAAUGCACCUCUGCAUGCCCUCCAGGUCCCCUGUGCAAUAAAACCCACAACCGGAGUUCACCAGCUAAGCCAUCAGGAGGGAGGGAAUUGGGGGGGGGGGUCAUCCCGGCCGUGAGUACCGUCCGAGACAGCGGGCCAUUUCAAGCGUACGUUCCGAUGCCUUCCUGAGUGUUCUCUCGGUCUCCUCUUUCCUUUUAAGACUUGUACAGCCAUAACCCUGAAACCAUGUCUUUAGAUUGUAAGGUGUCACUUGUUCUGAGCCCAACAGGUGAAGGGAAAACGUAAACCCCCUCCGUGCGAGUGGCCCUCCACACACUAUCUGUGGAACAGCCACGGUUCAUCUCUAGGACAGUGAUUAAAACCACCCUUCUGUCGUAUCAAGGAACUUCAAGACGUCUUGUUGUCUCUCUCUCCGGUUAGGUUAGCUUUAACCGGCAUCCAAGAGUUUUCUGCUUUGCAGAAGUUUUAUUUUCCUGUCGGGAGGGUACCCCCCCACACACAGCUUGCUCAGUUUCAGCCUCUUUGAAACGGCGGUCUAGGUUUGGCUGUUUGUUUGCACUGAACUGUGAGAUGGCUUCUCUGCUGUGGUUUCCAGACAAAACCCACCGCUCAGUAUAAUCCAGUCUCUCCGGCUGGCUUUGGACUGAGAAACCAGUGCAUCCAUUCUACAGCCGGUGGUGGUGGAAUUCUGGACUAGGAUCCCGGAUGAGAGAGGAGAGGGAAUGUAGCGCCAUCCCUGGUGUGCAAGAUCACCACAUAUCGGGUGUUUUGUUCUGUGUGGGGUCCUGUGGGUUGGAGUGGCUCACAGCUUCAUUCUUUGCG